UUCAGUGCCAAAGAACUACCAGCACAUCCUGGCCUUAGCAUUUGCUGUAAAAGAGAUCAAUGAGAAUCCCAACAUCUUAUCAAAUAUCUCUCUGGGGUUUCGUAUCCUCAAUAGCUACUACACUGCAAGAAUGACCUAUAAGGCCACCCUGAGCCUGCUCUCAACAGAACAUAGGUUUGUCCCGAAUUUCAAAUGUGACAAGCAAAACAAUCUGAUAGCUCUCAUUGGGGGAUGCAUCUCUGAAAUCUCUGCAAAUGUGGCCAUUGUUUCAGCAACCCACAAGACUCCGCAG